AAUAUUAUUAUCAUGAGCUUGUCCCAUAGCUAUUCAGAAUAGCUUUGCUUCCAAUCAUGAACAGUUCAUCCGUUAUCUUUGGUCUUUACGUUUUUUGUAUUAUGGCCAACGUGGGUCAUUGUGACACGAUAGCUUUUGAACCGGGAACAAUAACAUAUUCCUGGAUAAUACCACCCAAAAGUCGACCUCCAUCAGAUAGACCCUCUUCUAUUGACUUGGAUACCCGAAACGAAUCACCCAUUCGACCAAUUGGCGGAUAUGGACAUCCACCAUUUUAUCUACGUCAUUCACAGGAACAAUUAACUCUCCCAAAUGAAUUCCUCAUUACACCUGGUGAUCCCCAUUCGAGAGCUAGCAGCGGUCUUACCCAUCAGCCACCGUUAUUCCAGCAGCUUAAUCCGAACAAGCCUUUAAUGAAUCAGGCUGAUUGCGAUGGUGACCCGACCUGUCCAAAUGUUGAUAUUACCCAACAGCAGCAUGCCACAACAAUGCACCAAAGCAAUAUUGCUGCUGUCCCAAACAUAAUGCCACCAGUCGAUUCAGAUCAACGGCAACGAGGUCCUAUUUCACUAGGACAACCUGUCAGUUGGCCAACCACCCAUUCUGGCGGUAUUGGUCUUCUAUUCUUCGUCCCCCAAUCAGCAUCUCAUUUGCCGGUGGAGCAAUUGAUUCGCCAGCAACUGCUGGCCCUGCAUCGAACGCAGUUUCCAUUUGACAUCUCAAUAAAUUGCGAGGAUGCUGUUGGCUCUGGUGCUGGAUGCCUUCCAGGUGGUCGUUCUCCUCAUCCUCCUCAGCAGUCGCUCCUGAUGACGCCGCCGCCGCCAUUUUCACCCGCCACAACCACAUUGAAUGGAAGGAAUGUUGAAAAUGGUAAUUAUGCAAGUCUACCUCUUUUUGAAAUUGUCAAUAGCAGUAGUCGACGUGGAGGAGGUUUUCAGGAGCAACAGCAACAGAAUGAACGAAAUUGGAGACCUUUCGGUGAAAAUAUUGUUCGGAGACUAUUGCAACAACAACGAGAAUUGUCAAUAAAACCGUAAUAGUUGCAAGCCUUGCAUUUUGUAUCCUAACGAGAUGAAUGCCCAUUGCCGAUACUCAAUAUCCCAGGAUACAUCAUCACAUUGAAAAUACCUAUAAACCAAUUCAGCACCCAAACUAAACUCGGGACUUACGCAACUUAAUUGGCCAACAAUUACAAAACAUCCCGUGAGGUAAACAUCAUCAUUAUCAUCAUCAACAACAUCAUCAUCGUCAAUAUUGCAUCGUUGGACGUCAUCAUCAUCGUCAUAUCCUAUCAAUUCGUGGAGGGAUAUUUGCAAAUGUUAACAACAUUAUCCCUGUUAUAUGUAGGGACAGUAUAUAUAGCCUCGGCAUCAUCAUCAUCAUCAUCAGCUGCAGGACAAAAGGACCUCUGGAAUGUUUAUACUCGGACAUUUCUAUACACAGCUUUUAGUUUCAUAAUUAUUAUUAUUUUUGGGUAUUAGAGUACAGUGGGGUUUUAAAAUGUUAAGGACAUAAUUUAAAAAAAUAUAUAGAUAUUUAGAAUAAUUGUAAUAUUUCAAGAAAUAU